CGUGCCCGUCUCACACCGAUAGCUGUCUGUCUGGUGUCAAAGAUGGCGAACGUGGUGCUGGAGUUUAAGGCUUCAGCCGGUGACUCCGAGCCACAGAGUCGUCCUGUCCUGAUCAUUGGACAGCAGACCAGCCUGCAGAAAGUCGGAUGGAGCCAAAUGAAAGGAAAACUACAGCCGGCCGUCAGCAAAGAGAUCUGGCAGGCAGCCCUGAGUGCUUUGAACCCAAAUCCCACGGACAGCUGCCCUCUGUACCUCAACCAUGCUGUGGUGGCCGCUCUACCUUCACAGGUCAGCAGGCACAACAGCCAGUCUUCUGCCCACUUUGUGUCCCGUCUGGUCCGUUCCUGCCUUCCUGGAGGGAACAACCGCUGCAUUGUGAUGGUGUGUGAGCGUUCAGACGUGUUUGCGUCCUCCUGUGCCAUUGCCAGGACUUUCCCCAUUUUCUCUCGCCGCUCUACAUCUUUGCGCAGGGCUGAGAAGAAACACGUUACCGUGGAGAUUCUGAUUGUCGGGCAAGAGAGCAGUUCUCUUGGUGUCGCAGAACUUGAGUGUCUCUCCAACGCUGCUCAUGGAGUGCGGAUGGCAGCUCGGAUUGUGGACACACCAUGCAAUGAGAUGAAUACAGAUCACUUCCUAGAUGAGAUCAAGGCUGUGGGAACUGAACUUGGAAUAACUCCAGUGAUCAUUCGUGGAGAGGAGCUGAAACAAAGAGGAUUUGGAGGUAUUUAUGGAGUUGGCAAGGCGGCCGAGCAUCCUCCUGCAUUAGCGGUCCUGAGUCACAAACCAGAUGGUGCAACCCAAACCAUUGCGUGGGUGGGCAAGGGCAUUGUGUAUGACACUGGAGGACUCAGCAUUAAAGGAAAGACCACAAUGCCAGGGAUGAAGAGAGAUUGUGGUGGAGCUGCUGCCAUUCUGGGAGCUUUCAGUGCUACGGUUAAACAGGGCUUUAAGGAUAACCUCCAUGCAGUGUUUUGCCUCGCAGAGAAUGCAGUUGGACCCACAGCCACACGACCUGAUGAUAUCCACACUCUCUACUCUGGAAAGACUGUGGAGAUCAAUAACACUGAUGCAGAGGGCAGGCUGGUGCUGGCUGAUGGAGUGGUGUAUGCCAGCAAAGACCUGUCAGCUGAUAUUAUUCUUGACAUGGCCACACUGACGGGGGCACAGGGGAUCUCCACAGGGAAGUACCAUGCAGCAGUGAUGACUAACAAUGAGCAAUGGGAGGUUGCAUGUGUGCGCGCCGGCCGCAGCAGCGGAGAUCUCGCUCACCCUCUAGUCUACUGCCCCGAGCUGCACUUCAGCGAGUUCAACUCUGCCAUGGCUGACAUGAAGAACUCUGUGGCAGACCGGGAGAAUGCCCAGAGCUCCUGUGCUGGCCUCUUUAUUGGUUCCCACCUGGGCUUUGAUUGGCCUGGUGUCUGGGUCCAUGUUGACAUCGCCUCUCCUGUCCAUGCUGGAGAGCGUGCCACAGGAUUUGGCGUUGCUCUGCUAAUGGCCCUGUUUGGCCAGGCUUCAGAUGACUCCAUGCUGAACCAAGUGUCUCCUCUGGGCGCAGCCGCAAACAUGUCGGGAGACCAGAUGAAGCGUGACUGCAAGAGACGAAGACUGGUGUAGAAUACACAACGACUUACCUCCCAACCCCGGACCGCGCCACUGCCAGACCAUUGAAGAAAGUGCUCAUCCAGUUAAUUAAAGCAUUUUAAACUGUGAUCCAACUUCCUGUGUUUGAUAAAUCUCACUGAAUAAAUCUGUCAAUCAAGAGAGAA